UUCGACUUCCCCGCCCCUUUCCACUACCGGCAGCAGCGGACCAGCGACGAGAGCAGGCCGAGGCUGGAGCGAUCAACCAACUCCCGUGGACCGCCUGCUCAACACUGCAGCAGCGAGAGAUGGGGUAUGCCGCAACGCUAAAAAAAUGGCACUUCACACCGACGGAGAGUAACAGCAGCCCGCCGGAGGGUGACAAGACCAAGGAGGAGAUCUCCAUGAUGAUUGCGGAGCUCGUUGCCACGUGCAAUUGGCAGCAGCAGGAGCUGCAGCGCUUGGCACGGGUGAUUGACAACGACUGGGACUGGCAAGAUGGCACCACCUGCGGCUUUCAUACCCGCAUCGAGGACUUGGAGAAGAGGGAUGCCGUCAAACCUGGCAGCGGACCUAGUACAAGCCAGUUGUUGACACGACAGCUGAAGCAGCGGAUUGACCAACUGACCAUGCGGUAGCCACGACCGGCGACCUUGGCACGUUCACAAGACCUGCGACAAUCAACCAGCAACUAACUG